CCGUGGGAUGGCUGCACCCUCCCGCGCAGCUACCGCGCGGCCCUGUGUGCCGGGGGUCCCCGCGUGCCAGCGGCGGCCGGGCACCGGCUGUUGCGGGCGGAUGCGCAAGGGGGCGGGUGCGGCCCCAGCCGGCGGACGAAGAGCGAACUCGCGGCGGAGGUGAGGAGGGUGCUGGCGCUUCCAAGUCCCUCCCCUUCCCGCGGCGGGUUCUGGGCGCACGGAGCAGUGCGGGGCGGCGCCGCUGGAGCUCGUGGCAGAGGCGCUCGCACCAUGGCCGAGGCUCCCGCUCCCGCCCCCGCCCGGGCCCCGGCGCGCCGGCACUACCGCGUGCAACUGCGCUUCGUCACCGAGGAGCAGCUCUUCGCCGCGGGGCCGCUCUCGCUUCCCAACCCGAAGUCUCUGCGGCUGGAGGUGCACCCGGCAGGGGAGGAGGCGGAUGCGACGGUGACUGACGCUGAUGGUGUCUGUGUCUUCAAAUGCUCACUCAACGGAGACACUGAAUGUUGCUGUGUGGGGAAGGAGUCCAUCUUGAUUUCUCUGGGCUACCACAGUGCUUUGCUGAAGUUUGAGUCUCAUGCUGAAUUCAGCGCAUUUUCCAAUACCGUGAAAAGAUGCCGGCGUGAGGAAAAGGAAUACUCAGUGUUCAGCCAGCGGACAGAAGAGGCGUCUGCUGCACAGUACUUCCAGUUUUAUGGCUGCCUUUCCCAGCAGCAGAACAUGAUGCAAGAUUUUGUGAGGACAGCCACUUACCACAGAGCCAUCCUCCAGAACCACACUGACUUUAGAGAUAAGGUUGUUCUAGAUGUUGGUUGUGGAUCAGGAAUACUGUCAUUUUUUGCUGUGCAGGCCGGAGCUCGGAGAGUCUAUGCAGUUGAGGCCAGUUCAGUAGCACAAUAUGCUGAGAUGCUAGUGAAAAGUAACCACCUUUCAGACAAGAUCAUUGUUUUGCCAGGGAAAAUUGAAGAAAUCUCACUUCCUGAGGCUGUAGAUGUGAUCAUUUCAGAACCAAUGGGAUACAUGCUGUUCAAUGAAAGGAUGUUGGAAAGUUACCUUCAUUCCAAAAAAUGGCUGAAAGCAAAUGGAAUGAUGUUCCCGACGUUCGGCGACAUCCACCUGGCCCCCUUUUCUGAUGAACAGCUGUACAUGGAACACCACUCCAGAGCCAACUUUUGGUACCAGCAGUGCUUCUACGGGGUUAACCUGUCCAGUCUCCGGGGUGCUGCGGUGGACGAAUACUUCAGACAGCCAAUAGUAGACACAUUUGACAUUAGGAUUUUGAUGGCUCGGACAGUCAAGUACACAGUAAACUUUAUGGAUGCAGAAGAGGCAGAUCUCCACAGAGUAGAAAUUCCCUUUGUGUUUCAGAUGGCGCAGUCUGGCCUCAUCCACGGCCUGGCAUUCUGGUUUGACGUGGCCUUUGUUGGCUCUCUGGUAACAGUUUGGCUGUCAACAGCGCCCACUGAGCCUCUGACUCACUGGUAUCAGGUGCGGUGCCUUCUUCAGACUCCUCUCUUUGCCAAGGAAGGAGAGACCCUCUCAGGGAGAGUGCUGUUUGUGGCCAAUAAACGACAGAGCUAUGACAUUCAGAUCGUGGCGCUGGUAAACCAGACAGGCUUCAGGUCUGGGAACACCCUCGAUUUAAAGAAUCCUUUCUUUAGGUUUGCUUAGAAGAUAGUGACAAGCCAAGCCAUAAGUAAAUGAAGGCCCGAGAAGUCCCUUGACAUGCAAGUUAAUCCUUCAUGUUCACAUGCAUUCUAAAUUUUACAAGGAUGUUUAUUUAGGUUUAUUUAAAUUCCUUUUUUCCUCCUUAACUUUAAAAUGUGCAUCCUAAUUUUACUGACAAAUCUAUUUCUUGGUGCUUCUUUACCUGGACUGGUCCUUAACAGCUUUCUGCAUGUAGCCGAAGAAUGAUUUUCUUUUCUGUUUUUUUUUUUUUUUUUUAUAGUAAAGCCAACAGCAUUGCUUUAAUUUUUGAAGUAUUUAAAAAAGAAAUUGAACAAAAUCCUACCUCAUGUUUAUAACGUAUGCAUAUGUAUGACAUGACAUUAGAGCAUGUGAGGGGUGACCUAUUUGCAAUUUUAAGCUGUUCUUGCAAAUAUUUUCAGUAAAUCAAUAGCUAGUGCCCAGCUCAGCGAUGUGUUAAAGAAUUUUUGCUUUAUUCAGGUCAUGGAAUAAUAUGAUGUCAGGAAUGUUCUUCAUUGGCAAUAUUUGAUGACUCUGUGUGUAGUUAAGAAAAUAAAGAUGGAAGCUUUGUCAGUCCUCUUAGGUUUACAAUAAACAUGUACAGUGUGAGACACCAGUGAGGCCUCUCCUUUACGUUAAGACAUUCGUUGUAUGUCACACUUCAAAUGGUGGUGAAAGAUGAUCUUUCUGAAGAGCGGGUUUUCCCCUGGCUCAACAGCCCUUAUAAACGUGGAUGUCACGUCAGCACCACGAUCUAAUGAAGCCCAACAGGCACCCUGCUCACUCCGUGGGGGAACCUGGGAUAAAGAGCGGUUACAUAUUCUCAUCAGUCAGCCGGUCACCCACGGCCGUCAGCUUUCCACUCUGGUGCUUUCACUCCUUCUGGCAGCUCAGUUUGAAAUAGCCUUCUCCUUCUAUCCAUGCCAACAGUCCU